GAAGAGGCGCUGAGCCGAGGAGGCGUCGGAGAGCUGGACAUGUCCUGUCCCUGCUGCAGCCUGGUUAGAUACCUGUUCCUAGCCCUGCUGUUGCAUGGGCUAGGAGAAGGUUCUGCACUUCUUCAUCCAGACAGCAGGUCCCACCCUCGAUCACUGGAGAAGAAUGCAUGGCGAACUUUCAAGGAGUCACAGUGUCAUCACAUGCUGAAACAUCUCCACAAUGGAGCUCGAAUCACUGUACAGAUGCCUCCAACAAUUGAGGGACAUUGGGUCUCCACUGGAUGUGAAGUUAGGUCUGGCCCAGAAUUCAUCACAAGAUCAUAUAGAUUCUACCACAAUAAUACAUUCAAAGCCUACCAGUUUUACUAUGGAGGUAACCGCUGCACAAACCCGAUAUAUACCUUAGUUAUCCGUGGUAAAGUUCGCCUUCGGCAAGCAUCAUGGAUCAUUCGAGGGGGGACCGAAGCUGAUUACCAGCUGCACAACAUACAGAUCAUCUAUCACAAUGAGGCAGUAGCUGGAAGACUAAGCCAGUUGGUCAACCGUACAUGUCCUGGAUUUAUACCAGAAGACAAACCUUGGGAACAGAAUGUGAGCUAUGAUAUAUGGAGAGAAGAAAAUGGCUAUGAAUGCAUCAGAGCUCUGAAUUUUGCCAUGCAUGAACUUCAGCUGAUCCGUGUAGAGAAGCAGUACCUUCACCAUAACUUAGACCACUUAGUAGAAGAGCUAUUUCUUGGAGACAUUCACACUGAUCCUGUUCAGAGGAUGUAUUAUCGUCCAUCUAGCUACCAGCCCCCUUUACAAAAUGCCAAGAACCAUGACCAUUCAUGUAUAGCGUGCAGGAUCAUCUAUCGGUCAGAUGAACACCACCCUCCAAUUUUACCUCCAAAGGCUGAUUUGACUAUUGGAUUACAUGGGGAAUGGGUGAGCCAACGCUGCGAAGUGCGUCCUGAAGUACUUUUUCUCACCCGCCACUUUAUUUUCCAUGACAACAAUAAUACUUGGGAAGGUCACUACUAUCAUUACUCUGAUCCAAUCUGCAAGCACCCUACUUUCACUAUUUAUGCCAAGGGUCGUUACAGCCGUGGAGUGCAUUCAUCCAAAGUGAUGGGCGGAACAGAAUUUGUGUUCAAAGUGAAUCAUAUGAAGGUCACUCCCAUGGACAUAGCAACUGCCUCUCUACUGAAUGUCUUCAAUGGAAAUGAGUGUGGGGCUGAAGGGUCUUGGCAAGUCGGAGUACAGCAGGAUGUUACUCACACAAAUGGUUGCGUUGCUUUGGGGAUCCGCCUUCCUCAUACGGAAUAUGAAAUCUUCAAAAUGGAACAGGAUGCGAAGGGAAGAUACUUGCUAUACAACGGUCAAAGGCCUAGUGAUGGAUCCAGCCCAGACAGGCCAGAGAAGAGAGCCACAUCAUAUCAAAUGCCCUUAAUUCAAUGUACUUCAUCAACCCCAAGAGCAGAUGGAUCAUUGGAAGAAAAUAAACUAGGAUGGUACAGCAGUGGAGCACCAAGCAGAAAUCCCUGGGCACUUGUUUUGGCUAUGAUGCUUUGUACUGUUUCUCACUUGGUUAUUUACAGCUAGGAGUUGGGAUUAUACACAUUUUCAGAUCAGGAAUGAGGAUGGCACAUGCAUCAGGAUACAGAAGAACAGAAGAGAGGUGACAUUUUCCUCAAACACAAGAACACAUUUGCAUGAUACACUUGAGUGCCUAAGAACAGCUUUCAUCCUUGAGCCUUGAACAUCACUAAUUUUAACAUCAGCCAGUCUGAUCUGUGGCCUGACAUGACUGCACAACAGUAAUUGCACUUUAAGACUGCAGAUUUUCCCUACCCCCUUGGUUUCCUACCCCCUCCCCCUUUUUAAGAAGGACGUACUAGGAUAAAUUUAAAUGUCUUAUAUAGCUUUUUACCCUGCCAACUUUGUUGUUAUCUUGGAGUUUAUCAGGAAUUAUGCUUUUAUCGUAUUGUGUCAAUACUGGUAAAUUGCAUCAUUCAUAUGCUACAGUGUAUAUAUGUGUAUAUAUAUGAGAAAUUCAAGCCAGGAUGUGUCUAAAUACACUUUCAUAGACUUUACAUAAAAGGAAGGUAUUUGUGAUUAAAAUGGGCAGAAAUAAUUU